AUGUUGCCCUCAUCGAAACAGCCCGCACCCUCAGGGGGGACACCAUGGUGUGACGAAUAUGAGAAGAUGAUCUCCGGCAUGCUAUAUGAUUCUUGGAUUCCGCCGUUGACGAAUGCUCGUCACGAAUGUCGUAUCCUGGUGCAUGAGUACAACACCAUGCCGCCGUCCCUCGGAACAGCAGACCAAGUGGCCGCCAAGCGAUUCGAGAUUCUCAAGCGCUGGCUCGGGUUUGUGGGAGAAGGCGUCUUCAUAGAGCCUCCGUUUACGCCAGGCUACGGCUGCAACGUAAUCAUUGGGAAGAACUCGUACAUGAACUUUGGCUUCACCGUCUUGGACACGAGCCUGGUCAUCAUUGGCGAGCGCGUCAUGCUCGGUCCCAACGUGCACAUUUACAGCGCAGGUCAUGACACGAGCGUCUUGUCCCGCGUUAAAUGCAUCGAGUUUGGCCAUCAGGUACGUAUUGAGGACGACUGCUGGAUCGGGGGCAAUGUCACGGUUCUUGCCGGGGUCACGAUCGGUUGA